ACAACUUUACACCAAACUUCAGCGGAGUUUGUCUUCAUCUGAGAAAUAUUCAGCGGAGAAGAUUCAUUCACACAUUUAGCGCCUCUAACAACAUCUGUGUGAGCGUGUGUGUGACUGUGUGUGUGUGUGUGAGGAGAAAGAGGGGCUUUAUUGGAAAUUCUCGAACCCCCAUCGGGACGCUCUCGGCUUUCAGCUCCGCAAGUUUUCCAGGGAAAAAAGUGGAGUUUUUUGGGAUCACCGUAAGGCCACACACACACUGAUGAAGACUGGAGCGGGUCUGCAAAGAGGACUGUGGGUGUAGCGGGUGUGUCGGUCUCGAUGCCAGUGGAUAUGCAGCCACACCAGGGGCUUUACCACUACGACAACACCAGCAACCAGCCGAGCAGAGGACUGGCUCCGUCAGUGAGGUCCCCCUACAGCAGUGAGGCGUCGUCUGUGUGUGUGGCGCUCUCUGGUGGUCAGUCUGUGAACAGCAGAGAGAUGUAUAAUCCCUCCAUGGCCCCUGGAGCUUGCAUGGAGCCCUACAUGCGGCCCCCACACGCCCCGCCACCGCACAGCAUGAUGGGACACCGCGGGAUGCCUCCACCCGAGGGUAUGAGCGGCGCCCCCUACUGUAACCAGAACAUGAUGACAUCGCAUCAUAAUCUCCCUCAUAACCAGCACACAUCUGAACUCAUGGCAUCAGGAGACGCCUCUUGUUUCUCCACUCCUCGCUCGAUGCUGAAGCUCAGUAAGAAGCGCGCUCUGUCCAUCUCUCCGCUGUCGGACGCCAGUGUGGACCUGCAGACCGUCAUCCGCACCUCUCCAAAUUCUCUAGUGGCGUUCGUCAACUCUCGCUGCGGUCCCAAUAACCCCAGCUCAUACGGGCAUCUGUCUGUGGGCACCAUGAGUCCAUCGUUGGGUUUUUCCAGCUCCAUCAACUACUCCAGGCCACAGGGGAACAUCUACAGUCAUCCUGUCCCAUCAUGCAUCGGGGCUCCGGCUCGCCUGCCUCCACACAACCCCAGACUGCACACGCCUGCCAAACACACACAUCUGAAGACGGAGCCUGUCCUGGGCAGUGUAAUGGACAGCAUCAAUAUUAAAGGUUUGGAGGAUCAUUCGGAAGGAGACGUGGCCAGUCCGUCCUCCACCGGGACGCAGGAUCCACUUCUUGGUUUACUUGAAGGCAGAGAUGAUCUGGAUAAAGAGGAGAAACCCGAACCCGAGGCCAUUUAUGAGACGAACUGCCACUGGGAGAGCUGCAGCAAAGAGUUCGACACGCAGGAGCAGCUGGUGCAUCACAUCAAUAAUGAGCACAUCCACGGAGAGAAGAAGGAGUUCGUUUGCCACUGGAAGGACUGUUCCCGAGAGCAGCGUCCGUUUAAAGCGCAGUACAUGCUGGUGGUGCACAUGCGCAGACACACCGGAGAAAAACCACACAAGUGCACUUUUGAAGGCUGUAAUAAAGCAUACUCGCGGCUGGAGAACCUGAAGACGCAUCUGCGCUCACACACCGGAGAGAAACCCUACGUUUGUGAACACGAGGGCUGUAACAAGGCUUUCUCUAAUGCUUCAGAUCGAGCAAAGCACCAGAACAGAACACACUCCAAUGAGAAACCGUACAUUUGUAAGAUUCCCGGCUGUACGAAGCGCUACACAGACCCGAGCUCUCUGAGGAAGCAUGUAAAGACGGUACACGGACCGGAGGCGCAUAUAACGAAAAAACACCGUGGCGACACCGGCCCUCGUCCUCCUGGUCUGACCACUGCAGGACAGAGCUCUGAGCUGCUGAUAGAGAAGGAGGAGAGAAACCGAGAAGAUUGUAAACUACUCGCUCCAGACAACACACUGAAAUCUCAGCCGAGCCCUGGUGGCCAGUCUUCCUGCAGUAGCGAACGUUCUCCACUAGGGAGCGCCAAUAAUAAUGACAGCGGUGUGGAGAUGAAUCUUAAUGCGGCGGGAAGUCUGGAGGAUCUGACCACACAGGAGGACAGCGGGAAUGCUGGUGUGUCCGAAUCCAGCGCUACCAUCAGCUCGGGGGGAAUGUGCAUGUCUGUACAGGCCUUGAAGAGGUUGGAAAACCUGAAGAUCGACAAACUAAAGCAAAUUCGUCGGCCGACGCCACCUGGGCGCAACGCAGGAAACAAACUACCAGCUCUCUCAGCAACAGGAGAGAUGAUGAGCAUGUGUGCUCCCUCGCCCCUGCUCUCCAACCGGCGUGUGAUGGAGCUUUCAGCUCCCGAUAUGGGUGGAGUCACUGGAAUGUCCUGCCCUCCGAACGACCGGCGCGGCAGCGGCACCAGCAGCCUCAGCUCUGCUUACACCGUGAGCCGCCGGUCAUCAAUGGUCUCGCCAUACCUGUCCAGCAGACGCUCCAGUGACGUGUCUCACUGCCAGUCUGUGAUGGGGGGUGAGGUUCCUGGUGACCCGCUGUCUCCGCAGAACAGCCAAAGAGCCGGACUGUGCCAGAAUUCUGGAGGUUUACCAGGUCUUCCGAGUCUUACUCCUGCACAGCAGUAUAGUCUAAAGGCUAAAUAUGCAGCAGCAACAGGAGGUCCACCCCCUACCCCGCUUCCCAACAUGGACCAGGCUGGCACUCCUGCAAGACAUGUGGGAUUCUUGAGGGAAUGCCAAGGCCAGCCUCUUCCUCCAUUUCUGCAGCAAGGUGGCACAAGAAGACACAGUGCUAAUGCCGAAUAUGGCACAGGAGUGAUCUAUCCACAUCAGGCACCUGGCAACAACACAAGACGUGCCAGCGAUCCGGUGCGAUCCGCGGCCGACCCGCAGGGUUUACCCAAAGUGCAGCGAUUUAACAGCUUGAGCAACGUGUCUCUUAUGAGUCGCCGGAAUGCACUGCAGCAGUGCGGAUCUGAUGCUGCUCUGAGCAGGCACAUGUAUUCGCCUCGACCACCUAGUAUCACUGAAAAUGUCAUGAUGGAGGCCAUGGGUAUGGAUGGGAACACCGAAGGCAGACAGCAGGGCAACAUGAUCCCAGGUGGAGACCGAAGCUACAUGGGCUACCAGCACAAUCCUCAUCAAGCAAGUCAGCUGUCCCCUGGGCAAGAAAGUCUAGGAUGCAUUGACCAAGUUUAUCAGUCUCAAAUGCAAGGUCAGUAUCAGCGUGAGGAGAGUUGCUCCACCGGCGUAAUGGGUCAGACUGACAUUGCAAAUAAUCUACUACAGCAAGCUGAGUAUGGGAUGAGCACUUGUCAGCUCAGUCCCUCAGGUCCACACUAUCCUAGCCAAGGGGAUGGAUCAGGACCUUGGGGACAAACCAACCAGCUCCACAGCCCUGGGAUGCAAUACCAGGGUGCAGGAAUGCAAGGACAGCACUACACUCAACAGGGCAUAUAUGACCCUACAUCUAACCCUAACCUUCAAAGAGUUACUGUAAAACCAGAGCAAUUCCAUCCAUCAAUGGGAGGAUCUAGUUCUUGCCAAAACACUAAAGCUCUGCACCAGAAUAGGCAUAAUGCAAAUAUGCAAACAUAUCCACUACAAGGCCAAGGUAUUAUGAAUAGGUCCUCCAGUGCAAGUUGUGACUUCCAUCAUUCCCAAAUGGGAACACAACCAAACCAGGGGGGAUCAUUCCAGAGUGGUACUGGUAUAAACCUUGCCCUGGCAGAAAGCCGCAGAUCACAAACACCAAUGCAUCAAAUGAAGGAAAUGAUGGUCAGGAACUAUGUGCAAUCCCAGCAAGCUCUCCUAUGGGAACAGCAGCAAGAGCAGAGUGUGUCCGAAAAACCUGAUGGCAUGGACAUGGGACAAACACAGAUGAUGCAGCACAGUCCGCAGCAUCAACAAGCCAACCAGAAUCUUUAUCCUGGUAACACUUACCAAGGCUACCCAAAUCAGAACUUGAUGAGCCCACAGCAAAAUCGAGUUCCUGGAUCUGUCAAAGAGCAAAUGCAAAGCUCCUGCUAUGGGCCAGACAUGAUUCCAAGGCCACCCCAAGUGCGAAAAUCUUUAAGUCGCCAAAACAGCCUUUCCCAACAAGCAGGUGGAGCUUACCUGGGAAGCCCACCUCACCUCAGCCCGGUCCACUCUACAGCUAGUCCCAGAAGAGGAGUUAGACUCCCGCCAGUUCAACAACAACAACAACAGCAGCAGCAGCAUUCAGAAAACUUCAACAACAACAACAACCCAAUGUACUACUCAGGCCAGAUACACAUGCACCACGACCUAGAGAAGACUCCAGAGGGUCCAUGCCUUGCUCAGCAGCACCUAACAAGCUCAGACCCCACUACAAAACCAACAUCAAUCUCUUAUCCAGACCCUGCCCCCAUGUCCAAUGCCUUAGAACACCUAGACUUGGAGAACGCUCAGAUUGACUUUACCUCCAUCAUUGAUGACCAAGAACCUUCAUCUUACAGUCCAAUCAAUGCACCUAUAGGACACAAUCAAUGCUCCUCUCAGACGUCCUCUCGCCUUACAACACCCCAAAACUCCAUCACACUUCCCAGUGGCCUUUCUAAUAUGGCAAUCGGAGACAUGAGCUCAAUGUUGACAUCCCUUGCUGGGGAAAACAAGUAUCUAAACACGUUAUCUUAAGGUGCUUCGGCUUAUAAUCGGGCUAAAGUGAACUUGUAGAAGGUGAUGUAUCAGGACCUUGUGGGACAAGCCAAUACUAGGGUGCAGAAAUGCAAGGACAGCGCUACUCUCAACAGGGUGUAUAUGACCUUACAUCUGAUCCGAGCUUUCAAAGAGAGACUAUAAUACCAGCCCAGUUCUAUCUAUACAUUGGAGGAUCCAGAUUCUUCCAGAACUCCAAAACACUUCACCAAAAUAAGCCUAAUGCAAAUUUGCAAACAUAUCAUCCACCACAAAGGAUGGAACAAGUAUCUAAACACAAUCUCUUAAGGUGCUUCUGCAUAUAGUUGGGCCAAAGUGAGCAAGGAAACGCCAAGGAUUAACCCUUGCAACACUAAAGUUUCCUCUAAACUUUUUACUCCUGGAGUCCUAUGUUGGAUCCAUAGCCUAAUAGUUUUGUAAUUGUGCAAAUUAUAAUACCACAGAGGCCUAUUGACUAUUAAAGAGGUAUUUCGGUCACUACUGUAAGAUGAUGGAAGUCACAUUUGUUUAAAAUGUAAAUAUGAGCAUUGGACUCUAAAUGGUGGCAGGAUAGAAAAUACAUAUCUGGACUGGCUAAAAAAGCCACGUGAACGCUACAUAAGAUGACUAAAGUGAGGGAAUGUGUAAAGAAGAGGCUGGUAGCCACAUUUAACUUUUGGUUAAGACAUGACUCAAGUGCCUUUGACCAUUGUGGCCUCUUUGAUUCCUCACAGGUACAACAUGUUGGAGAAAACAUCCCACAUGAAAAAAUACUAUAGUAAUUAAUAGUAAAUAUAUAGUUUUAUACUAUAUACAUAUUAUAGUAUUUACAAUACAGUGUACAGUCCUACUCUUACCUAUGGUCAUGACCGAAAUGACAAGAUUUCGGAUACAAGCGGCCGAAAUGAGUUUCCUUUGCAGGGUGGCAGGGUGCACCAUUGUGGAUAGGGUGAAGAGCUCUGCCACCCGGGAGGAGCUCGGAGUAGAGCCUCUGCUCCUUCACAUCGGGCAUCUGUUUUCGGACGCCUACCUACGGAGGUGUUCCAGGCGUUACCCACCGGGAGGAGGCCUCAGGGAAGACCCAGGACAUGCUAGAGGGACUAUAUCUCUCGGCUGGCCUGGGAACGCCUGGGGAUCCCCCCGGAGGAGCUGGAAGAAGUGUCUGGGGAGAGGGAAGUGUCUGGGGCUCUUUCCUAAGACUGCUGCCCCUGCGACCCGGCCCCGGAAAGCGAUUGAUUAUGAAUGAAUGACAAUACAGUUUAUGAAUGCUACAUCAUGCUGUACCAAUAAGGAACAGAUAAACUGUAAUAGAUACUAUAGUAUACUUUAGUUUUUACUAAAGUAAACUGUGUUGUAGUAUAAUAUUCAUGUAGUUGUAGAAAACUACAGUAUUCUGUCAUUUGUUUAUAUUAAUGUAGGUGUUGUUACAAUAUCAACUAAAGAAUCACAGAUUAACUCAAGUACUUUACUAUAGUAUGGUUUAAAAUACUAUAGUAUUUACUAUUCAUUAUUAUUCUAUAUUAUUUUUUCAUGUGUGAUGAUAGUUAAGACAGAUGUAGAAAACACAAGUAUACGUUGGUUACGACAAAAACGAUUAGCGUACGAGUACAGCCAAGUGCAAAAGCUUUCAAUGUAUACUCUAUUUGAUAGCGUGCGUAUACAUAGAUGCCAAAACACAUUUGUGUGUAUUUCUGAAACCCUUCGUGCACACAAGCAGGCAUCUAAUUUUAUUAUUGCGUCUAUUGCAGUUUGUUGUUUAGUUUCUUUUUUGACUGUGAAACAGCAGUCCAGGCAAGUGUUUCCACCUUGUGGACCAACUACUAAGUGCAACAACAAAAAUUCAAUGUGCAUGUCCAAGCUAAGUGUACACAUUACAUGCAUUUACGUCACAUGCAUUGUGCACAUGCCCUUUCAUAUACAUAUUUGGGAUUCAAAGAGGAAGAGUGUUCUCGCUAAAUCUCAUCGCUAACUGUCAUAAUGGCAGAUUACAAAACAGUAUUUUAAAGUCAAUUAUCUCUAGGUCUAGACAAGAGCCUUAGAGUCAUGAUAUUCAAACGUUUAAGUGUUUUUUUUUUACUGAUUAUUCGACUAGUCUGUUUCAGACAGAUACUUUAAAGGGUAACGGCACUGAGUUGUGUUUUUUGUACGGUUUCUGUUAGUCUACGUUGCGCUACAUAACUCAAGCUAGCGUGCAUAUGCAUUGCACUGACAACAGCACUGAGCUGAGGAGAAGUGAUAUGUUUUUAUUAAAGGUUUCAUACAGUACGAGAGUUACAUACAGUGCAGGUACUUGAUAUUUGUCAAGCUUUUGGUUUACGCCCUAGUUAUUUCAACACUUUGUGUACGUUGUGCCUAUCAUUUAAGUGUUAUCAAGGGGUGUGUUACAAUAGACAACAACCCGUUAAAAAUCUCAGUGUUUCCACUUUUCCGUGGCAUACCAAAGACGACUGGCACUGAGACGAAUACACACUUGAUACUUGCUAGAAACAAUGUCAUGUGCUUCCAUAUUGCUGUGAUAAAGAAUGUUCCUUUUUAAUUUCCUUUCUUUUUUUUAUGAGAAAAAAAAAACAUGUUUUGUGGUUUUUGCAUUUCUGCGUGUUUUUGUAUCUGUCACAGUUCACCCAAACCUUUUUGCUGGCAAAAGUCCAUAAAGUAGCAACAGAUUUAUGAUAUUAGCAUUUAUCUCAUCUAUUUACAAGGAAACUAAGUGAUAUUUUUGCGUACCGUUUUCUACGUUUUUGUACAAAGGUACUAUAUUAUACCAGUUUAUAAAUAAAACAGAGCCUGUGAUGGAAGAAAA